AUGUUCCUGACACCUAUAGCAGCUCUCAUGCGCUCCAGUAUUGUGUAUCCAGAUUUUGGGGUGAAUAACUUUCAGAUCAGGCCAGAUUGGAUUAACUUGAUGAACAACUCCCUGCAAUUCUACGGGCUACCUCAAGAGAAUCCAAACACGCAUAUCUCCAGAUUUCUCAGAAAUUGUCAGGACUUCCAUGCUCCGGGGGUCAAUGAAGAUGCAAUUAAAUUACGACUAUUUCCAUUUACAUUGAGAGAUGCUGCAUUGGAGUGGUUAGAUGCGGAGCCUCAUGCUAGUAUUACUACUUGGGAAGAACUGAUCAGGAAAUUCUGCAACAAAUUCUUCCCACCAGCCAGAGUAGCUAAAAUCAGAUUGGAAAUUCAAACUUUUCAACAGAAAGAUGGAGAAAGCUAUCACGAGGCAUGGAAUAGAUUUAAUGAGCUGAUGAGAAAAUGUCCAAACCAUGGAAUCACUCAAGGAAAUCAAGUGCAGUACUUCUACACUGGACUCACACCACUGUCAAAAUCCCAAGUCGAUGCCUCAGCUGGAGGAUCAAUUAUAGGAAAAUCUGUGCAGCAAACCAUGGAAUUGUUUGAGUUGAUUGCCACUACACAUUCAAUGUUCUCGUCGGAAAGAGUGGCGCCACCGAAGACAGGAGGAAUGUAUGAAUUAGACAGCACAACAUCUACCAAUGCACAGAUAGCAGCUUUAACAAAACAGGUAGAGUUACUUGUAAAAUUGCAAACACAUGGAGCAAAUGCAAUGAUGGCCAGUUCAGUAUGUGAGAAUUGUGGGAGAAGUCACCCUACAGAGAGAUGCAUGAUGCUCACGUCUUCAGAGGAACAAGUAAACUUUAUUCAAAAUAGCUCCUGUAAUUUCAACUCAUAUGGUAACAAUUUCCAGCAAGAGAGAAGACCAAGUUUGGGGGAGAUGUUUCAACAAUAUGUGCAGAAGACAGACAAGAUAGCACAACAACUUGCAGAACGUCCACAAGGCACAUUGCCAAGCAAUACAAUGAUAAAUCCUAAGGAACAGUUGAUGGCAAUUGAAAUAGUGGAGAACGAUCCACCCAGGGCAUCCGUAAAAGUUAAAGCAUAUGUACCUCCACUUCCGUUUUCCCAAAGACUUCGAAAGAAGUCGAUGGGGCAAAAUAUUCAUGUCAUAAAUACAAAGAGCGAGGUACAAUCACCAGAGACCACUACAGAGAGACCCGAAAGAAAAGAUGACCAAGAAGUGAUUGAUGAAGCUACAAUGGUAGAAAAAUCUGCAACAAAUGCAACUGAAAAUAGAGAAGGUACAGAAACAUCAGUUGCCAAAGCACCAAGUCUAGACAAAGCUUACAUGCCUCCCAUUCCCUUUCCUCAAAAGCUUAAGAAGAACAAACAAGACACAAACUAUGAAAAAUUUCUCGAUGUUCUCAAGAAGCUCCAGAUCAAUGUUCCAUUCAUAGAUGCAAUACUACAAAUUUCAAGCUAUAAGAAAUUUUUGAGAGAGAUGUUGACAAAGAAAAGAAAGCUUUCGAAGUUUGAAACUGUGGCAUUAACUGACGAAAGUAGUGCAAGAGUCCAGAGAAAAUUGCCUCCUAAAUUGAAGGAUCCAGGGAGUUUUACUUUACCAGUUUCAAUUGGAAAUUCCUAUUCAACUAAUGCAUUGUGUGACACUGGUGCUAGUAUCAAUCUAAUGUCGUAUUCUACUUACAGGAAAUUGGGACUAGGUGAAGUCAACUCAACAUCAAUAACGCUACAACUCGCUGAUAGAACAAUCACAAGGCCACGUGGCAAAGUUGAGGAUGUACUCGUCAAAGUAGGAAAUUGA